AUGGAUCAGCAUGUUGAAUCAUUGGGACAGUUAUUCCCAGAUUUACCUGAGGUGAAGCUACGAAACGCUCUUACAAGUUCAAACAACGAUAUCAACUUAGCAUGCUCUAUACUGCUCAGCGAAGUAAAUUCGCAACCCAAGAACCAACAGACCGAUCAUGUGAGAGAGUUGAUGAGUAUGUUCCCAAACCUAUCCAAAGACUCUAUCAAAAAGGCUCUUGAUACAACAAACGGCGAUGUGGAUGAAGCCAUCCAAGAUUUGUUAUGUGUGAACACUUUAUCUUUGGAAGAGAGAAACUCCCAUCAAAGUGAGAAUAACCACCAAAAAGGCAACUCACUUCCGAAAGAUUCUGAUUGGAGCAAAUUGAAUGAUAACUUAGAGAUUGUUAUGAAAUACGGAGAUGUUCCAAGACAUAUUGCUCAGGACCUUUAUAUGGAACAAAGAUUAGAUCCAAUACGGGCAUUAAUCCAACUAAUAUUCACAUAUGAAGAACAGGUAUCAAAGUAUCAUUUAUCACAGUUAAGAAAACCGGUCAUAAAGCCUACACCUAGAGUACAAUCUCAGAACGGUUUCACACAUCAAAGGUCUCGAAACGAGAAACCAUCUCCAAAACCCGAUGUUGGUAUCCCAAGUAAACCAACGAAAUUCUUUCAAGAAAGGACAUACCAGUACGAUCCAUGUAAUGAACAGGCGCUAGCACUAGAUGAUCUCAUUCAAAGUGAUAAAAAACUACGGGCUAUCAACCACAAAUUUCUAGAAAGGGCUCUGGAGUACUUCAAUGGAGAAGUAGCUCCAACUGUAUCAUUGGCUAUUCUCAUAACUGAGCGGAAAUAUGCCAAAUAUACUGGCCAAUACACACUGAGUCUUGACGGUAAGAAUGCAAACGGGGCACAGUUCAAAUAUCAAAUAACACCAUUACGUGCUAAAACGGUUUCACCUAGCGUGCCAACAUUCACUGCUGCAGUGAUUCCUGGAACAAAAGUGAAGCAACGCACUGUAACAACAUCAUCACUUAGGAUCAAUGAAUCUCAGUUCCGGAACCCCGAACACUAUAAAACUGGUCUAAAAAUGAUAGAGAAUAUAAUGACAAGCCCCAAGCUAGAUUUUCAUGGCUGGUUCCCCGAAGAUGCUCAUCUAGUCACCUCUGAAUGUCUCAAGAGAUGGUGGAAACAAGAGUUGAGUUGCAGAGAACUUAAUAACCAACGCUUGAACCAAAUUCAAGUAAUGAACGUACCGAACAUAACAAUUAUCACCGGAAGAGGUUUACAUAGCGUUGGGGGUAUCCCAAAGGUGCGAAAACGUAUUCAAAAAUUCCUAACCGAGAAUAAUUAUAACUAUAUCGAAGAAUCAUCGCUUUUCGUUGUCAACGGGAAGAAGAGAAACAUCUGUAUAUAA